UUUAUUGGGGUCCUCAUUUAUUCGGCCCUUCAUGCAGCUCUUCCGGCUAAACAAAAGCUACUGCUUCUUUAGGGUCCUCCGGCAUAAACGCUCCGGCGAAAUAAACACGAAGCCCCUUCAUGACCCUUCCUAGUAUCUUUUUUCUCCGUAAUUGCUAGGUUUUAUAGUCACUCGAUCACUGUGUUUUUUAGGGUUUUCUUUUCUGGUGCACAAUUGACAUUCAAUGGCCCGCUCCAAUGGGCUCAGGCUCGUAUACUUGGUCGCUCGAAGGUCCGCUAAUGGCUGCUCAUUCGUAGUCCAACCUUCAAAUCCUUUGAAGGAUGUGACCCGGCAUUGGAGCUCGUGGGCUCGUUCUGGAGCUCGUUCUGGAGCUUGCGGUUGGGGAUUCGAUACUGUCAACCAAAGAAGUGGAGUUUGGGGUCAAGCAAUUCAUGGAAACAGAAAUGCAGCAAUUAGGUUGUUUCAUGCUACAGGAACCUGUUCCAUGCCUGCAAAGGACUACUAUGAAGUGCUUGGAGUGAGCAAAAAUGCUACUGCACCAGAAAUAAAGAAAGCUUAUUAUGCGCUAGCGAAGAAGCUCCAUCCCGAUACAAAUAAAAAUGACGCAGAUGCUGAGAAAAAGUUUCAGGAGGUUCAACGAGCGUAUGAGGUUCUGAAGGAUGAUGAAAAACGAUCCCUUUAUGAUCAGGUGGGUCCUGAUGCAUUUGAACAAGCUGCCGCAGGAGGUGGUCCAGGUGAUCCUGGAUUUGGCAGUGGCGGAUUUGGCUUUGGUUUCGAAGAUAUUUUUGGUGGAGGAAUGAAUGAGGCUUUGAAGAACAUGUUUCAUCAAAAGGCAUUUGGUGGCCAAGAUGUUAAGAUUUCUCUCGAAAUAUCAUUCAUGGAAGCUGUUCAAGGGUGCACAAAAACGGUAACGUUCCAGACUGCUGUACCUUGCGAAACUUGCGAUGGAACCGGUGUUCCUCCUGGAACUAGACCGGAGACUUGUAGGGCAUGUAGAGGUUCUGGAAUGAUAUUUAUGCAAAGAGGUCCUUUUAGGUUGCAGUCGACUUGUUCACAGUGUGGUGGAAGUGGAAAGACUGUUAAGGAAUUUUGCAAGUCAUGCAAGGGGGAUAGAGUGGUAAAGGGAUCUAAGACAGUGAGACUAGAUGUGAUUCCAGGAAUUGAGGAUAAUGAAACUUUGAGGAUUUUUAGAAGUGGUGGUGCUGAUCCUGAAGGCAAUCAACCUGGGGACCUCUAUGUAACCAUCAAGGUCCGUGAGGACCCAGUUUUUCGGAGGGAGGGCCCUGACAUUCAUGUUGAUGCAGUUAUCAGCUUCACUCAGGCAAUUUUGGGUGGAACCAUUCAGGUCCCAACUCUAACCGGAGAUGUUGUUCUGAAGGUUCGUCAAGGCACUCAACAUGGUCAGAAAGUUGUCCUGAAAGGGAAAGGUAUAAAGUCCCGGGGCUCAUCAUUAUAUGGGAAUCAAUAUGUCAAUUUUAGAGUAACCAUCCCGAUGAAUCUGACUCAUAGGCAGCGCAUGCUGAUUGAGGAAUUUGCAAAGGAGGGGCAACAAGGAGAGCAAGAGAGGACUGCAGCUGGGGCGAGUGGAUAAAAUAAUUGAACAACCACCUCUUCUCUAUUAUCCUCUGUUGGCUUGAAAUUUUGUAGGAGUUACAUGAAUACAGAUUGGAGUUUGUAGUUUGUACAAUAAUUUAUCCCUACAUCUUUAUCAGAUGAUAAAUUAAGCUAUUAAAAGGCCUGAUUAUGGCAACUGAGCAUGCAGUCAUUGCAUAGUUAUAUUAAAAAUUGUGUAUAUAAACUUAUCAGGUGGUGGUUGAAGCAUCGGAGGUUCCAAACCGCA